AUGAUCUCGCCCGAAAAUAAGGAUUUUUCAGACAUAAAUGCGGACAACUCAAGUCAUUUUCAAGCACAAAUUUUGGACUCAAUUUUGAAUGAAGACAUUUCUGACACAGGGGAGGAUUUAACGACUGAAACUAUCUCUAAAGGAAAAUUAAAACAUGAAAUGCGAAUGUUGCAAACACGCUUUCUGAAUGACUCAACAGCAUUACAAAAUACCAAAAAUCUUUCAAAAGCGAGGGAGGACGAGCUCUUGGAACAAAUUAAAACAUUGUCUAUCAGAUUAAAUUUGGCCACUGCUCGUUAUGAUACACUUUUAGAAGCUACAACUGAAUCUAGUGAAUUAAAAGCUGAUCUAGCUGAAACAAUAGCAUGUAAACGACGUUUAAUAAAUGAGAAUGAAGAAUUACAUGGUCAACUGAAAUCAAUACGUGAAAUUCUACUUACAAAAUUACCUGACAAAUUGGAAAACAUUGAUAUGAAUCAAAUAAAUAUCAACUUUUAA